AUGCUCAACCACAGUCGGUCCAACAAUGCUGAAUUCGAAUUCGAUCACAAUACAGGACGACUUUUAGUCACGUGCAUCAGUCCGAUCAAAGCUGGGGAGCAACUGUUCAUUUCCUAUGGCUCGCGCCCUGAUGAUGACCUGCUGCUCGAAUAUGGCUUCUGUCUUGGAAGUGAUGGUGAUUUGCAACCAAAUCGCGUUGUCUUCAGCCAGCGCCAGGUCGCAGACGCUUGUUUUACCAUCGCUGGUGUUACUAAGAGUACCUUUGAUGAGAAAAUAGAGCUUUCCAGAAGCAUCUACGCCUCGAACAUCGAAAACUUCUUCGACUUUGAAGCCACUGACAAUCUUCUUUGUGCCACGAAGGAGCUCAUUCAUCCGAAAUUGAUCACGUUUGUUGUCUGGUUGAAUAUUUCGACGAUUCAGGACAUGGAAGCUCGAGAUGGCCUCGGUGGAAGUGCGUGUCGACUGGGUGAAAUGAUUCAAGGCAGUUGCAAAAUCCUGAGGGAGGAAGGAAAGGACAUCUGCAGGCACUGGUUAGAAAAGCUACAGUAA